GAACCUGACUCAGUCCCUUUAACUUCAUUGUAUUAAUAAUGCGCUGAACCUCUCUACACGGUAUAAUAUAUCCCUCAUCUCCCAUAUCGCCACCCUACCGUCUCAUCAUCUUAGCCCCAGGUCAAUAACCAUCAACAACCGCCCGAAUUCAACACAAUUCAACACCGCCAACAUGAGCUCCCAGAAGCAGUUCAACGUCGGUAUCGUAGGCUACGGCCUCUCCGCCAAAGUCUUCCACAUCCCCUUCAUCGCCCUCACCCCCUCCCUCAACCUGCACACCAUCCUCCAACGCAACCCCACCCCCGGAAACUCCGCCCCGGCCGACCACCCCACCAUCAACCACACCACCUACCUCGACACCCUCAUGACCAACCCGGCCAUCGACAUCGUCAUCCUCUGCACCCCGCCCAACACCCACUACGCCUUCGCGCGCGCCGCCCUCGCGGCCGGCAAGCACGUGCUCGUGGAAAAGCCCUUCGUGCCCACCGCCGCCGAGGCCGACUCCCUGGCGGACCUCGCGCGCGAGUGCAAGCGUGUCUUGUGCGUGUAUCAGAACCGGCGGUGGGAUGCGGACUUUUUGACCGUGCGGCGGCUGCUUGCGGAUGGGACGCUGGGGCGCGUGGUGGAGUUCGAGACGCAUUUUGAUCGGCUGCGCAUUCAGCCGCCGGCGGCCGGGGGGUGGAAGGCGGGGAUGGGGAUGAAGGAUGGGGGUGGGGUGGUGUUUGAUUUGGGGACGCAUUUGCUGGAUCAGGUGUUUGUGCUCUUUGGGAUGCCGAGUGGGGUGUAUGGGCGGUUUGUGAGGCAGAGGGAGGGGAGGCUGGUGAAGGGGGUUGAGGGGGAAGGGGAUGAGCCGGAUAGUGUGACGGCCGUGUUGAGCUAUGAGGAGACGGGGCUGGUGGUGUAUGUGCGGAUUGGGGUGGUUAGUGUGGAGGCGGAGCAGGUUAGGUUUUGGGUUCGGGGGAGCAAGGGGAGCUAUCACAAGAAUGGGCUGGAUCCGCAGGAGGGGCAGCUUAGGGGCGGUGGGAAAGCGACGGACGCUGGGUUUGGCAGGGAGACCGAGGCCGAGUAUGGACGGCUGUCUCUCUUGGGGGAGGAUGGGGCAGUCGUGGACCGCCCUUACCCGAGUGUCGAGCCGGACACGUACCUCAAGUUCUAUGAGCUGUUUGCAAAGGCGGUGGAGAGCGGUAAGGAGGAGGAUGUGCCCGUGCCGGCCACGCAGGCAGCCCAGGUGUUGAGGAUCAUCGAGGCACUCAAGGAGAGCGCUAAGACUGGGAGGGAGGUUGCUCCUUGAAUCAUAUAAUCAUUCGCCAAAUAACGUUUAUUGCCUUCUUAAGAACCUGCUCACUAGCAAUCAUCC